AUGAGACUGCAAGGUGCAGACUCAAAUAUAGUAACACAUCGGGAUGCCAUCAAGAUGUACGUUGAGAAACUACAACUUUGGAUACGUAAAGUGUCAAUGAACCCCAGCAACUAUUCAAGUUUCAGCAAAGUAGUGUCAGUCUCAGAAGAAGUAUGUUUUGAGGACGUUUUUGAAGGACCACUUUUGAAAAACUUGAUAACUGACCAUUUGAAGAACCUCAAGGAGGAGUUCAGCAGGUACUUUCCUAACUUGUCAGAGGAGUUGUACAAACUAUCAACUGACCCGUUUAACAUGGACAUACAGUUGCUGCCAGAAGAGUUGCAAGAGGAGGGAAUAGAAAUAAAAAAUGACUCUGCCGCAAGAUACGAUUUUGACAAAAUGGACAAGCCCUCAUUUUGGUUAAAGUACUUAAAAGUUUACCCUAAAGAAGAUUUAGAAGCGACAAUACCAGAUCAUUCUGAUGACGCUGAUGAUAGAGCAAAGCACCCUGGUGAUAUGGAACUCAACAGUUCAAUCGAGAAUUCCCAGUUAGCGAAUAUUGAAGAUAGAGGUAACACGAACAGUCUAAUCGAACAUAAUGCGUGUGCGAUAAUUGCUGUCAAUGAGGAAGACAAUGCCAGUAUUGGCGUUAAAGAAAAUGAGGGAGACGAAGAAGAUGGCACUGCAAUUGACAAAACUUCAAAAGAAAAUUGA